GCACACUCGGUCCGCUGGGUCGCACCACCCACCGCAGGCUGCUCAGCUGCCCCAACUGCUGCCGUUGAAGAAGGCAGAGGCAGAAGCUACCUAAACCUGUUUCGGUCUGCUGAUCAAUGGCCAUGGCUGGAUCCAGCUGGAUGAUGCUCGACCGCUUUGUCUUCCACAGGGACGACGAGGAAGAGGGCAGUCCCUUCCUUGACGAAUCCAGGGCGCCUUUGAGGGCAAGUUCGUGCACCUCUCUUUGCAAGAAGUUUGACAUCCUCUUCCUCCCUGCUGUGCCCCCGGCCAUCUCCCGCUUCUACAUGCGGUGGCCCGGCGGUACAAAGUCGGAGGAUGCCAAGGGAACCGAGCUCGUGGCCGCCCACUGUGAUCUGGUUCUCUUCAGGCAAACUUCUUUUGGAAGAUUGGGCGAGGACGGUCUCUUACCGAUCAUACAAGACCACUUUAUCUGUGUAGCGUCGUGUGAGACUAAGCCGUCCCUGCAGCUCAAACGGCUCCCUGUCUGCGACAAGCCAAUGAUCUUCCCUUUUGGAGAGGGAGAGAAGAAUUCAGUGGCUGAGCAGCGUGUGUUCCUCCGGGACACUGUAGGACUCAUCCGAGGCCAUGGCAAAAGCGUUGAAGCGGAAUUUGCAGUGGCGCAGCUGGCUAUGGUCAGCGAAAUACCUGGCAUGCUCAAGAUGGAAGCAGAAGUUUGUGUGUUCCGCUCACUUGUAUCUGGUAAUGAUGGUGAUGGCAAAUGGGAUGUGAGGAAGAUACCAAUUGACCAUAAGGAGGAUGAGCAUAAGGAGUUAUACUAUUGGUCAACUGAUGUUGUCAUCACAUUCAACUCUUACAUUUGUUGGAUCAACUAUUACAGAUGCUAG